CACAAAAGCGUAUAACCUAUUUUUGUUAAUAUAUUUGAAUAAAUAUACAUUUGUGCCACAUCUGAGCAUACAUUGGAACAUACACUGUGAACGAAGUGGAUAUGCCUGGAAAGGAACGAAGUCUAUUUAAAAUGAUAUUUACAAGUUUUAUUAACUCAUUAAAACCAAAUAUAUUCAGAAGACCUAAGUUAAUGGGUGAAGAUUAUUAUGGUACAAAAUAUUAUGAAAUACCACCUUCAGAAAAUGUCUCAAGAAAGUAUUCAGCCCGAUAUUUUGAGCCAACAAAUAAAACUGAUUUUGAACAACAAUUACCUGCAGAAUGGGAAGCAUGGUUAAGACAUCGUAGGAAACAUCCUCCGACAAAAGAAGAAAUAGAAAGAAACUAUGAAAUGCAAUUAAUUAAAAAAGAAAAUGCUGAAAAAAUAAAAGCAAAAUAUUUAAGUGAUAAGUUGGAAGAUACAAAGUUACUUACUCAAAACACAAAAGAAACGUCGUUUCAAACUUUUGAAGAAUACAAAAACCCGGGAAAAGAUUACAAGAUAAAUGUGAAAAAAUAA